GCCGACCGGCGUGCUGACAAGUCUCUUUCCGGCCUGCGCUUUACUGAACGACGCUACGAGAGAUCUGCCGCCGCCGCCGCCGCCGCCGCCGCUCACGUUUGUUUUGCGAUUUUCGUGAACUGUGCUUUCCUUCUGUGCUGCGUGAGUGCCUACAGCCAAGGGCGCCCAACAUGCCCUCGUUCUGUGCAGCAUUCGGCUGCGCGAACACAGGCGGGCGAGACGAUGUGGUGUUUCACAGGUUCCCGAAGGACAAGAAGCUUGCAGCGCAGUGGGUACGUGCGGUGAGGAGAGAUAAGUUCGUGCCGACGAAAUCAACUGUGCUGUGCUCGGACCAUUUCCGCGACAGUGACUAUCAUCGGAGCUUGAAAACGAUGCGGGCAAUCGGUAUUCCAAUUAAAUCGGCGCGACUGAAGCUCGGCGUUGUUCCGUCUAUAUUCUCCUACAAGAAAAACACCUCGCCACCUCCAAAAGCGGCCUUCGCCAAGAGGAGAAAGCGUGAGAUACUAGCAGAGCUCCUUGAGAACCGAGCCCCUGAUGAACCUGUUCCACUACCAUCACCAAUCGAAGAUUUUGAAGCAGCCAGUGUGACAGAGGCAUAUAAUGAAGAGGCUGAAGCAGCCAUUGUGGCACAGGCAGCUGGUGUUGAACAGAGUAGCCCUGAAACUGCAGACAAGAGCCUUCAAGUUCUGAUACAACCAGUAACAUCUUGCACGGCAUCACAAGCAGACAUAAACAAAAAGUGCAACUUCAUUUCACGUGGGACGCAGACAAAGCCUCGGGGUGUUUCAAUCGGUGUCCAGGUUGGCAACUUCACUGCAGAUGUUGCUACUCAGGUGAUGAAUGUGGCAGAGCCAUGUUAUGAGAGUGACAGUGACAGCCUAAGUGACAGUGAACCUGCUUCUGAUUUCGACGACGAUUACAAUCCUGACAAUGACCCUUGCCAUGAGCCCGACACCUGUACCGACUCUUCGGAAGAUGGAGUAAUUUUAGUUGAAAAGAGGCACCUGACCGCAUUGUUUCUAGUCUGCCGCACAUGCCUUGCUCCUUGCACAUACAGUCUUCGCUGUGAAGGGACACUUACAGAGGUGUGUGUUCAGUGCCCACUAGGACACCAGCUAUUCUGGAGGAACCAAGACGUUGUAAACCAGCAGCCAGUGCUAAACCUGAAGCUUUCUGCUGCCCUUUUGUUUUCGGGCAAUAAUCCUGCUGCAACUUUGAGGAUGCUGGCUUCUAUAGGUGUUGAAGUUGUUACGGGCAGGACCUUCUUCAAUAUCCAGCGUAUUCACCUUUGGCCUGCAGUUGACAAAGUUUGGAGGGAACAACAAAAGCAGCUAUUCGAAAAUGCCCGUGGCCAAGAAGUUGAGCUUGCAGGGGAUGGGCGGGCUGAUUCGCCUGGCUUCAGUGCCAAAUUUGGCACAUACUCUUUGAUGGAUGUUGCAAACAACAAAGUGCUCCACGUAGAGCUUGUCCAGUCAAAUGAGGUAGGCGGCAGCUGCCACAUGGAACUGGAGGGUCUUAAGCGUAGCCUUCAGUUCCUAGAAAACCAUAGUAUCUCUGUGAAGACUCUUGUGACUGACCGGCAUGCUCAGAUCAAGGCCUAUAUGCGAAGAGAAAAACCAGGAAUCAGGCAUGAGUUUGAUGUCUGGCACGUCGCAAAAGGUGUCUCCAAAAAAUUGACUGCCAUUUCAAAGCGACAUGACUGCAAGGAACUGCAGCCAUGGGUGAAGUCGAUUCAAAAUCAUUUGUAUUGGGCAGUCGCAUCCAGCCAUUCCCACAGCGAGCAGAUUGUUCCCAAGUGGUUGUCACUACUAAAUCAUAUUAAGGAUGUGCACAUUCACAACAGUGCAAUAUUCCCAGCAUGUCUACAUGAGGAAACUGAACGCCGUCAGUGGCUCAGUGAGAACUCUAAGGCAUAUGAAAGGCUCCAAGCAAUUGCGGCUUCAAAGCCCCUUUUAUUGGACAUGCCCAAGCUAUCAACAUCACAUCAGACCUACGGUCUUGAAACUUUUCAUGGACUUGUGAUACAUUUUGCUCCGAAGUAUUGUCAGUACUCAUACCUUGGAAUGAAGGCAAGAACCCAGUUAGCCGCCUUGCACCACAAUGAAAACAGUGAAAGAGGCCAAGCAUGCAGAGUAGAUGGUGAAGCCAGGUGGAAUGUAAAAUAUCCAAAGGCUACAGGGGGCAAGGGAAUUGCUUGCCCUGUAAAGGAACGGACAACGCACAGUAGAAUAUGUGGAGAUGCUUUUGGACCUCGUGAUGGUGGAGGCAAAGAAUUCGUCAUCACGGUUCAAGAAAACUCGGCUCCCGAUGACCCCGCUACCAUUGUGCAGCCAGUUUCCUCAAGUUUCCAAGGAUGAUGCUGUGAGACGGAGGAGAACAAGAUUCAAUAAGUAACGUCGCGAGCUCAUUCACUGAAAACAGAAAAAUGGGCUUUGCGUGUUGGUGCAAUUGCCUGAUGCAUUCUAAUAAAAAAUAUUCCCAGCCUGCAAA